UCUGCGGAGGACAGAAGCCCAGACUGGAACACCUCUUCCCUGACUGAAACCCUGGAUGAUUAUAAACAGGAACUCACAGAAAACCGGACACUUGGACGUAAAGGAAGACCUUUUUUUGGGGUGAAUAAGUCGCCAGUGGCUGCAUUAAAGUGCUGUAUUGGAGUGUUUGAGAGGAAGUGAUUUCGCAGAGGAUUUGGGAUGCUGGGUCCCCUUGCGCUCCGCUCCUUGCUGUGCGUGCUGAGCUGCGCGUGGCUGCGCACCGGAGCCUCGCGCCUGAAGUCUCCGGCUCUGCCCAUCCAGUCCGAGAGGGAGCCGCUGCCCUCCAAAGGCUUGGCCGGAUGCUCGUUCGGAGGUCGCUAUUAUUCUCUGGAGGACACAUGGCACCCAGACCUGGGCGAGCCCUUCGGAGUCAUGCACUGUGUUCAGUGUUACUGCGAAACUCAAAAGAGCCGUCGUGGGAAGGUGUUUGGGAAAGUGAACUGUAAGAACAUCAAACAGGACUGUCCCGAGCUGGACUGCUCUGACGCGGUGCUGCGGCCCGGACACUGCUGCAAGUCCUGCCCCACAGGUAACACACACACACAACAUAAGCAUCUCCUCCUGCUGUCCUCUGGCUUUCAGAGACACAUUCAUCCGUAUGUGCCCUUUAACAAGGUGACAUCCUCCAGGUAUGAGAUAAACCAGAACAUGUUCCUGCUUCCUCCUAUGUUUGCCUUCUUCCUGCCCCUCUGCUUAUUCAGUCGCUCUGCAGAGCAGCUGUUAGAGGCAGGGAGCGGGUCGAUUGAUUUUUCCUUCAACCGCAUCAAGAGAACAUUUUGUAUCUGUGGAGUGUGGAAGAACCUGGGGAAGCCUCUGAUCCGUCAGCUGCAGACGGAGCAGAUGAGGAUCGUUAUGAGCUCAGCGAGCGGCGGACAGAACGAGGUGGAGGGGAAGAUCAUCAAACACAGAGCGUUGUUCGCUGAGCCCGUGUUGGUGCCGAUCCGAGUCCAGCUGGUGUAUCGGCAGCACGUCCUGAGAGAGAUCCGAGCCAACAUCACCUCUCACGUGAGUUACAAUAACACCUCAUGGUCUGCAGUGAACAAGCUCCCCACCCCCCUGGCGGGUCACUUUGUCUCCCCCCCGGUGAGGACGGGUGCUUCGGGCCACGCCUGGGUGUCAGUGGACCGUCAGUGCCACCUUCACUAUGAGAUCGUGGUGACGGGGCUCAGCCGGACGGACGACCUGACGCUGAACGCUCACCUGCACGGCCUCGCUGAGAUCGGAGAGCUGGACGAGAGCAGCGCCACGCACAAGAGGCUGCUCACCGGAUUCUACGGCUCACAGGCUCAGGGCGUUCUGAAGGACAUCAGCGUGGAGCUGCUGCAGCAUCUGGACCAGGGCAGCGCCUUCAUCCAGGUCAGCACCAAGACCAACCCCCGAGGGGAGAUACGAGGACGGGUCCACGUGCAGAAUAACUGUGAGUUAGGGACCCGGGGGGAGAUGGAGGACUCUGAGUUUGACGACCUGUUUGUGAAAGACCCCGAGGAACUGAAGAAAGACCCUCACACCUGCUUCUUUGAGAACCAGCACCAGGCCCACGGCUCCCGAUGGACCCCAAACUACGACCGGUGCUUCUCCUGCAGCUGCCAGAAGCGAACUGUAAUCUGUGACCCCGUCAUCUGCCCGGUGUUGACCUGCUCCAAAACCCUCCAGCCCGAGGACCAGUGCUGCCCAGUCUGUGACGAUAGCAAAGACGUGACGGCUCCUGAGAAGGUGGAGGAGAAUCCUGAGGGUUGCUACUUUGAAGGAGACCAGAAGAUGCAUGCUCCAGGAACAACAUGGCAUCCCUUCGUGCCGCCCUUUGGAUAUAUUAAAUGUGCCGUGUGCACUUGCAAGGGCUCUUCUGGAGAGGUGCACUGUGAGAAGGUGACGUGUCCGGUGCUCAGCUGCUCCCACCCUGUGAGGAGGAACCCCUCGGACUGCUGUAAGGAGUGUCCUGAGGAGGAGGGCACCCCCCCAGGAGCAGUGGGGCUGGAGCACAGCGACAUGAUGCAGGCCGACGGACCCCGGCACUGCAAGUUCGGGAAGAGUUUCUACCAGAACAGCGACAACUGGCACCCCUGGGUUCCUCUGGUGGGGGAGAUGAAGUGCAUCAACUGCUGGUGUGACCACGGAGUGACUAAAUGUCAGAGGAAGCAGUGUCCCGCUCUGAGCUGCACCAACUUCAUCCGCAAGGAGGGGGUCUGCUGUCCUGAGUGCCUGGACUCCAAAGAGGAAGAAGUCCUGAUGACAAAAGCUCCGGACAAAAGGCGAAACUGGAGACACUGAAUCUGUGAGGAGACUCCAAAACAACUCCUUUCCAUUUAAACCCUUCCCAUCAACCCCACUGAUGGACCUGAACCCAGAACUGCACACUGGGACCCCGCCCCCUCACCCACCCUGUUAUCAGCUUCAGGAUUGUAACGAGCAGAAAAUAGCAGAGAUAAUAAUAUUAAAAAAACGUCCAAAGACUCUUUAAAUGAAGAUGAAGCUACGAAUAGGAGCAACCAGACUUUACACACCUUUCCUGCUUCGCAUUUUUGCUCAGUUUUUUUAAAUCAAAGGACAAAUACGCAGAAGUGAAACCGAGCUGGGACGCUCAGCUGGGUUUUUUCGGGAGUCCAACUUCGGUCGGAUUCCAUCGACAGGGCUUCUCUUCGAAGUUCAGCCAUAAAGCCUCUCACUGGAGAGAGAGGAUACGUGUGUGUGUGUGUGUGUGUGUGUGUGUGUGUGUGUGUGUGUGUGUGUGUGUGUGUGUGUGUGUGUGUGUGUGUGUGUGUGUGUGUGUGUGUGUGUGUGUGUUAAUUGUUAAUCAUUUUAAGUUUCUAAUAUGUUCUGAUGUUUUUGUAAAAGAUAGAAUGUUUUGCCACACGACAAUAUAUAUAAUUCAGUUAAAGCAAGGUUAAACAUAUUGUCAUGAUAAUAUCUCUUGGUGUUUGUUGAUGUAAUACUCAUGUUGACCACACGAGGCACCCUUACCGCUUAUUCUAAAUACCACUAAUAUGGAUUAAAACACACUUCUAGCCCCCCAAACAAAGUAAUGACAGUAAUGGUAACGUACCUGCUUACUCACACUAUAUAUAGCGUGUGUUUACAGUAGAGAAAUGAAAAUACACCUGAAGAAAGAAACCAUAAUUGAUGCUUUUUAAACAUGCUAGUUCAGUGGUAUCUUAGAAAAAGGAUCCUAACAAAUAAAUAAAUAAUUAGCAACAAAAUUAAACCCUUUUUCACCUGGCAAAAACGCAUUUCCCACCUUUUUUACCAAUUAAGGAAUUUAGAAACAUUGUCAUGGCAACAACGUGCCAUUAUAAGGAGAUAAAAA